AGCCUUGCCACAGCUGUGGCUUAGAUCUCAGCUGUGCCUUCCCUGGCCUGGGAACCCCCUAUUCCACAGGGCAGCCAAAAAGAAAAAAAAAAAAAGUUCAGCAGUAUGACUGACAGGAUUUGGGCACAGGAUGGUUUGCAGAGGGAAGGGGCAGAAGGGAGACAUGACUCAGGCUUCUGGCUGAGGUCACUGGAGGGGUGCAGCUUGCUGAGAUGGGGAAUGCGGAGCAGGGAGCAGGUUCCAGAGCGUGGGGCAAGGAGUGAGUUCACAUGGGCACAGUUUAAGGUGUCUCUAGGACAUUCAAGUCUGGAGCUCAGCAGAAAGAUCUGGGCUGAAGGAAACAGCAGAUGAGGGCCACGGACAGGAUUCUGGGGAUACCACUUAAAUCAAGGACCGAGGACAAUGGGUAUGGCACAAAAACCCAGGAAGAGUGUUUUCAGGAGGGAGGGGUCCUAGUGCCAGAAGCUUUGAAAAAAUCAAUGGAAGCACCUGGAAAAAGCUGAGACAGGCUGGAGAGCCUGGAGGGCUGGGGCCCCAGGGUUCCAGAUGGCUCUUAUGGUCUGUUUGGGGCCCUCUAGCGUUUAUGGUGGGACAGGCCCAUCCAGGUCCUUGAGGAGGGGCAGGGAGGGUGGGGAAGAAGCCCACAGCCCUCUUCAGAAGACCGUACCUCCUCACCCCACAGCCUGCACCUCACCCAUCCCCGGAGGCAGCCCGGGGGGACCAGAGCUAUACGUAGAGGGACAGAAACCAAGCACAGACAAUUGUGAGACAGUGAAGCAGGUGGCAGGGGCUCAACUUGUGGGGGCAGAGGGUGUGAGCAGAGGCCCCUGGAUGAGGAUCUCAAAGGACACCCUUCUUUCUGGUCCCGCAGAGUGCUUGGGAGCCGAGGGCAGGCUGGCACACAAGCUGUUCCGAGACCUCUUUGCCAACUACACAAGUGCCCUGAGACCUGUGGCAGACACAGACCAGGCUCUGAACGUGACCCUGGAAGUGACACUGUCCCAGAUCAUCGACAUGGAUGAGCGGGACCAGGUGCUGACCCUGUACCUGUGGAUACGACAGGAGUGGACGGAUGCCUACCUACGGUGGGACCCUGACGCCUACGGUGGCCUGGAUGCCAUCCGCAUCCCCAGCAGUCUCGUGUGGCGGCCGGACAUCGUCCUCUAUAACAAGGUGGACGCGCAGGCGGCGGCCUCGGCCAGCACCAACGUGGUCCUGCGGCACGACGGCGCCGUGCGCUGGGACGCGCCGGCCAUCACGCGCAGCUCGUGCCGCGUGGACGUGUCGGCCUUCCCGUUCGACGCGCAGCGCUGCGGCCUGACGUUCGGCUCGUGGACGCACGGCGGGCACCAGCUGGACGUGCGCCCGCGCGGCGCCGCCGCCAGCCUGGCCGACUUCGUGGAGAACGUGGAGUGGCGCGUGCUGGGCAUGCCGGCCCGGCGGCGGGUGCUCACCUACGGCUGCUGCUCCGAGCCCUACCCGGACGUGACCUUCACGCUGCUGCUGCGCCGCCGCGCCGCCGCCUACGUGUGCAACCUGCUGCUGCCCUGCGUGCUCAUCUCGCUGCUCGCCCCGCUCGCCUUCCACCUGCCCGCCGACUCGGGCGAGAAGGUGUCGCUGGGCGUCACCGUGCUCCUGGCGCUCACCGUCUUCCAGCUGCUCCUGGCGGAGAGCAUGCCGCCAGCCGAGAGCGUGCCGCUCAUAGGCAAGUACUAUAUGGCCACCAUGACGCUGGUCACCUUCUCCACUGCGCUCACCAUCCUUAUCAUGAACCUGCACUACUGUGGUCCUAGCGCCCGCCCGGUGCCAGCCUGGGCACGGGCCCUCCUCCUGGGACGCCUGGCACGGGGUCUGUGUGUGCGGGAACGAGGGGAGCCCUGCGGGCAAUCCAGGCCACCAGAGUUAUCCCCCAGUCCCCAGCCUCCUGACCCAGGAGCUGGCCCCUUGGCAGGCCCUUGCCCAGAGCCUCGGUGCCUUUGCCGUCAGGAAGCCCUGCUGCGCCACGUAGCCACCAUUGCCAGCGCUGUCCACAGCCACCGUGCUGCGCAGCGCCGCCAUGAGGACUGGAAGCGUUUGGCCCGUGUGAUGGACCGUUUCUUCCUGGGCAUCUUCUUCUCCAUGGCCCUGGUCAUGAGCCUGCUGGUGCUGGUGCAGGCCCUGUGAGUCCCAG